AUAACUUUUCUAUUCAAUUUUCCAAUGUGGGAUAGACUCUAACAUGGCUCAUCUCUGGUGAUCAGUGACUCGAGCCCGAAACCUGGAAGCCCACGAAGAAGUUCACAUCAUGAUCAUCGUGGGUGCCCGGAAAAGAAUGAAUCUUCCAGAAGGGUAUUGGGGAAACGCGGUGGUGUUUGAGACGGUGACGGCGAAAGCCGGGGAGGUGCUGGGGGGAGGGCUGGGAUGGGCGGCGUUGCAGAUGAAGAGAGCGGUCCAGAAGUAUACAGAAGAAGAAAUGAUGAAUCAGUAUGUGGGUUGGGCAAAAUCUCCCAAUUUCGUCGGGGAGAAGGGGUUACCGACCAACGUCCUGGCCAUCAGCAGCUCUCCGAGGUUCGACGUGUACGGCACGGAUUUUGGUUGGGGACGGCCGGUUGCGGUGAGGAGCGGCGGGGGAAAUAAGCAUGACGGGAAGACCACUCUCUUUGCGGGACGGGAAGAAGGGAGUGUGGAGAUAGAGCUCUGCCUUCACCCCAACACAUUGCUCCGACUAAGAAAUGACCCAGAGUUCUUGGAGUAUGUCACUUGCUAAAAAGGAAAGUAACACAAACUUUUGUGCUCAAAUUUUAGUAUCUUGUUCUUCACAACUUCCUCUUCAAAUUAAUUCAACACUCAAUU